AUGGAAAAAAUAAUCGAUGCGUUUGACCUGAUAAACCUCGGCUACGACACCAUUAACGGCCGUCCCUGCUCGUUAGUGCAGCAAGUGGAGUUGGCGGCGUGCCUGAGGGAUACGGAUUCGUUUGUGAAGGUCUUGACGCAAGUGGCGUUGGAGACGGAAGUGCUGCAACAACGGUUGACGAAAGGUUCAGUGAAAGCUGAAUCGGCUAAGGCCGAGGCGUCCAAGGCUGAGCCGUCUAAGGCUGAACCAUCCAAGGUUGACCCGGCCAAUUGGUCGGCGGAGGAUUCGAACCGGCGGUUGACAGCUCAGUUUAGUGCUUUGUUUGGGUCGGUGGGAGGAGUGGAAGAGCGUGCAUCAUUUCUCUAUGAGAGUUUGGUAGAUUUGCUGCAUUACCGCAAUUUGACGAAGCGUCGGUACAUAUCGAAUUUGAGUUUGCAUUUCAUUCCGCCGGCGACACGUUUGGCAAGUAUGCGAUGUCUUGCUGAAGAAAUAUUGUCGGAGACGGAUCGGACGGCGUUGGUGGAUCGUGAGUUGAGUGAGGGGUUUGCGUUGCCUGAGAAUUUGGGUGUGAAGUUGAGGGAGGCGUGGCGGGGUAAGAACUAUGCAUUGGAUGUGCCGAUGAGGCGGGAAGAGGUGUGUGCGUUGAAUGACGAGUAUAUGUGCCGUGCAAAUGUGGCUUUCGCACGGUUGGGUGUGACGGCGCAAGCAUUUUUGGAGACGCGUAAUGGAGCGGCAGAGGCGGCGAACUUGAUGGCUGUGUUUAACGAAGGUGUACGUAAAGUACUGCACAUGCUCGACGAGCCUUUCAUGUCCACCGCGGUUGUGCGGAGUCUCACUGCCGCCGACGCCACAGUUGUAUCAAAUCCGCGAGAGACCGCCGUGCCCUCACCUAUCAAGAACAUCAUGAUUGCAGACGCACCCGACCGUGGCGGUAUCCCGGAAGGCUUCACCAUCAAAAACGUCAAACAGGACAUCCUUAAAGCGAACGCGCAAAUGAAGGGUAUCCCCGUACGAACAGACCCGAAAACCGGCAAGGUCUGGGUAGGCCAACCAGCCAACAAAGAUACCAACGAACGCGAACGUAACUAUCAACGACAUGACUACCGUGGUGGUGGCGGCCGAGGCGCUUAUGGAGGUGGUCGUGGAGGUGGCGGUCGUCGAGGUGGUGGCGGUCGUGGUCGAGACGGUGGUCGAGACGGUGGUCGAGACGGUGGCCGAGAUGGUGGCCGAGACGGUGGCCGAGACGGUGGCCGAGACGGUGGCCGAGACGGUGGUCGAAACGGCUUUGUGCAGGAAGGUGGGAGUGUGCGCACGGGUGGCGGUCCCCGGAUGGUGUUUGAUGAGUCAGCUGCGAACCGAAUGGCGGCCGUGAAUGUGGCCGCGUCGGUCAACGGUCAGGGCAUCGGUCGCGAUCGCAGAGGCGGCGGCGGACGUCGUCGUGGAGGAGCGGAGACUCAAAGCCCGCCUGGGAACGCCGCCGAAAUUCGCGAGAACGCGAGACAGGUCUUCAUCGACGGACGCGGCAACGGACGCGGCAACGGACGCGGAAGAGGUGCACGAGACUCACCCGUGGCAACCGUCCGCCGCGAUCUCACCAGUCAGAACCCACCUCUGGGUCAGUGGUGA